GUUUAACCGACCCGCUUUAGAAAAACUGAUCGCUUUCCAGCUCCAUGGGGGGAGGUCUGCCAACCGUCAUCAAAGCGGCUCGCCACAUUCACCGGAUAUUAACCAGCAAAGCACAAAGAAACAACAAGCACUUCAAUUGCGAACUGUUUCAUCUGAUUUACUUCUAACGAGCUCCAGAAACGACCAAAGCAGAGUCUUCUUUAUUAUGUACUAUCUUUCUUUUUAAAAAAAUACUUUCAUCGUGAGCAAAAGUCUGGAUUGGAUUCCCUAACUGUAUGCAAAUACUAAACUUUUUUUUUGAAUGGGUUUGUGGUGAUGUCAGAAGGAAUUUUUUUUUUCACUCCGUCUAUUUCCACCUCCUUCCGUGGGUUUAGGGGCGGAUCCAGCUCUGAGGCAGCAGCUGUCAAAGAGAGCUGUCAGCUCUGGAGGAGUCAGUGAGGGAGGGAGGCGAUCUCAUCCGACCCGAGCCGACUAGUUCCGAGCGCCAGGUAGCAGUAAUGUGUUUACCUUUUGUUUGAAUCCUCCGGCGAGCAACACGUUGGGGCAGAGCAAACACCGAGGAGCACCUACCCAGCGUGCACUCCCAACACUGCAGCUGCCUCUAGUUAGUCGUGUACACACAUUCAAAACUUUUUUUUUCCCCUCUGCUGUCUCGUUCCUCUUUAUAAUAUUAAUCUGGGGGAAACGUAGUCGGGAAAAGAUUGUUUUGAAUUCGUUGGUUGUUUGCUCCACCCUCCCCUUUUUCCACGGCGAAUCUAGUUGGAGUGCCUGGAGACACAUUUCUGGAACAGGAUGAAAGCUAAGAAAGCGAUGGGGCCGGUCUGCGGCAGUGAAACGGACGAGGACGACAGCUUGGGAGUGCCACUCGACCUCUCUCAUUCGGGCAAGCGUCGCAGGCGGGGAAACCUGCCGAAAGAAUCUGUGCGGAUCCUUCGGGACUGGCUGUACGAGCAUCGCUAUAAGGCAUACCCAUCGGAACAGGAGAAAACCCAACUGUCCAGACAGGCACAGUUAUCUGUACUGCAGGUCUGUAAUUGGUUCAUUAACGCACGCCGCAGACUCCUACCAGAUAUGUUGAGAAAGGAUGGCAUGGACCCCAACAAUUUCACUAUCUCUCGCCGAGGGACCAAGAGUGCAGAGCACACCUCGAUGACGUUUAAUAGUUAUGUUGCAGACCUUGACGAAGGAUCUUUCAGAUCCGCAAGUUCCAGCCCAGAAAAUGGGGAGACUUCUCCAUGUAGCAUCUCUUCUGCAGGAGGGUUACUGCCAAGACCUUCGGUGAUAUGUCACACUACUGUCUCCACAUCAAAUGACGUGCCUUUACACUACUGCCCACCCACCAGCAUAGAGGGAAUGGAUCCUUUGUCAAGUGCUAGUUUAGUGAAUACCAAUCCUGGAUGCUCCAAAGAUGCUGUUCAGCUGGGAUCAAACCCAACCCCCCAGAGUGGACUGUUUAACACCCCUCCACCCACUCCUCCAGACCUCAACCAAGAUUUCAGUGGAUUUCAGUUGCUGGUGGAUGUCGCGCUCAAGCGAGCUGCAGAAAUGGAAUCCCAGUCGAAGCUUAUGGCAUAAAUUCUACUCUCAUUGGCUGCCAAACUGACUUGAGGGAGAAAGAAAAAACACUAACUCAAUCUUUGUUUCAUGUGAAAAACUGUUGCUUUAUGCAGCAUGAUGCCUUCUUAUUUGCACAAGGGAAUCCAAAAGCAUGGCUUCCUAUCAUGGAACUGUCUUAACAAACUGCUCGUGAGGAGACCAAUGAACUCAUGACUACUAUAGAUAGAAGUUCUUUAUGUUUUGUAGUUGCUGAUAAUGUGAGAAUUUUCCCAUGAUUAUGUGAUUCUUUACUUUCUGUGCAAUAUUUAGAUAAACAGAGCCGCCUUAUCAGUCUUUAUCAUUCCCGCAUGGAAAAUUUGUGGCCCAUGCAUUGUUUGGAACAACAAUUUUUAUAUAUAAUGUAUUAUCACUGGGGCUUGUAUCUAAACUUGAGUUUUGAUUUAUUCCUUCAGUCUUUAUUUCAGUGCGAGGCAACCAACCAUGGACCUGGGGGACAGAGCUUUAAUGUACUUCGCCUGCAGUGACUGUUUUAUCAUGCAGACCUUUUCCUCCGCUUUACAUUUCUAGCUGCUAUAGCAGGAACUGUGCAUAGACAGUACCACGCCUACAAGAUUGCUUUAUUUGUGGCUGCCAUCAUUGGUUUGCUGCUAUUCUUACGGUAGCCAGUGUUACCUGACCUUUUUUAAAGUUAGUUAGCUGCUGCAUUUGGAUCAAUAGUGAUCUCCAAAGUAGAGAAUAAGAUUUUAAACCACCCACUCACUGCAGGUUUCUUUUUAGUUACUUAGUUGAUCACCUGAGUGAUUUCAGAUUUGGUGGCUGGUGUGCCCAACAUCUUGAGUGUAGCGCACAGACCUUGAAUGUACGUCUUUUAUUUUGCUUAUGAUUUUGUUUUCUCUUGUGCAUAUUUCAUGGAGGCACUGGAUCACAUGUUUGUUCUGCCCAGGUCAUCCUCUUCCAUUGCUGGUGAAGACUCCAUGGCUUCCUGGAACAUUGCCUUUUGUAGCUGGUGUUGUGAGGUCUGGGCACAAUACUGGCAGAACUUAUUGUCGGUUUGUCUCCUAGCACUGUUAGUGUCGUGAGAUAUUUGUGCUUAAAAAGAAAUCUGUGAUGGCUGUGCCGUCAUUCUCUGUGUUUUCUAGGCUGUAAUUCAAAAAUGAAGUUGGGACCGACUUAAGUGAAGGACUUUGUUUCUUUAACUGUUGUUACAUAAAUAGUUAGGGGCUGAGAUUCCAUGGGGCUUCUCCUGACCUCCUGCUAUAACAUGUUUACUGACUCUUGACAGUCUGCUGCCUGACUAAUGGCAUGCAUGUGGGAGGAUCACUACAGAAUUUCAGGGCAUGAGUUCAAAUGCAUAACUAAACUUACUACAAGGUAUAGAGGUUAGUGGGCAUACUGUGUUGCCAUGUCAAUGUCAGUUUUGGUUUCUCUCACCCUGAUAAUGCACCUUAUCUCAAAGACCAGGCCCUGUUGCAUUCUUCAGUUUCUUAAUAGUGCCAGAGGACAGGAACUCGAACAUGAGAUCCUGCUGGCAAUGUUCACUUUUUUUUAAAAAAUGCUAUAUUUGGCUGCUGACCCUUUGAUCAUUGAAGUGCUGUUUUUCCUGGGAUGAUUGCCAGAAGUUGUAGAAAUUACUCUACAAUCUAUUAACUUAAGGGGUGGACAGGGAGGUGAAAGAAUGUAAGUUUUUUUUAAAAAAAUUUCAUGUCAUUAAGUUAUUGUGCAACUUGAGAUUUGGAAAUUGUAGUACCAUUCCUUUAGCAGCUAGUGAGUUUUGAGAUCUUUUUAGCUGGGGAGAAAAUAUUAUUUAAACCGUACAUGGCUGUACAAAUGUCAUUCUCACCUCCCUCCCACCCCCUAUUUUUAACCUUCUUUGCAAUAAAUAGCUUUUCCUGUUAACCUGACUGCCCUGCGAGCAGAUACAUGCCUAAACCAUGAUGUAAAAAUGCUAUGCCAUACUUGCAUGUAACAUCACGCUGAUGGCUGAACCAGUUUAAACCUUUCCCAAGCAAGAUUAUCUGUUGGCAAAAGGAUUAUGACAUGACUGUUGCAGAGUUAGGAGACUUCUUAAACAUAAAACUCGUUCUACUGUAGUAACGUCUGCUGUGCUAUUUUCGGCAUUGUCACAAAGCAGAUUAUGGGAACAAGACCCCAAAAGCCCUUGUGGGUUCUUGUAACAUUUUGAGCCCAGUGGUAUCUCCCAGCAACAAUUACUGUCUUCACCCAUCUGUAUUAGGACUAUCACUAAGUUGUAGUUGGAUAUUCGGGACUCACCCCAUAAAUGCUGAAAUUAUAUCCUACCUCUUGAACAAGGGUCCCGCAGUUUUCUCCAAGUCCUCAUCUCUGCAAGUAUGAGAGGCUGGAUCUUGUCCUAUGAUAAAAACCAAAGAUCCAGCAAAAACUAAAUCUAAGUCUGAUUUUCCAAAGGAAGUCAGGUCUCCAUUACCUGUACCUCUUGUAAAGAAUUAUGAUCAACAGUUUUGGAUGAGUUCCUGUUCUGUGGCUGUUUUUGUAUAAUUUAUUAUAUGAUGAAUGCUGAUGACCUGACAGGCACUGACUUGCUGUUGCUGAGUGAAACUUGAAUGGCAGCUGAUUUAACACCGUGAAAGUGACAUGUCACUAAAGCAUUCCAAACUUUCAUCUAUCAUUGUUGAAUAUAACUCGGUCUGCAUUCCUUUUUGCAGUUGGUCAAUAGUACGGCAUUGAAAAGCGUUUUUUUUUUCCCUGACUCAUUAAUCAUAAUUAUUUAACUUUUAAAAAAAAACAAAUAGCAGAGUUUCCUACUUUUUAAACUAGACUUUUUUAAACCUUCAAAUCUGGAAGGUAUUUGUACAGUUUGCAUCAUUGUGGUCAUCUUGCAUUGUAAAGCUGAGUGAAGUCAGACUGUACUGAAUGAACCUGGUCCUUUUUUUUUGCAUUGAUGUUUGCCUUAUUGAUUUAGUCAGGUUGCAAUGACCUGUAAAGAUUGCCUAAAGCUGCAGUAUUCCUCUUUGCCUUGCCAUUGGAUUCUGCAGGCAGGGUUCUUCUCACUUCUUAAUUGUAAGGUGGAGGCAACAGAAUGCAGUUUCACAAUGUAUCCUUUUUUUUGAUUUAAAGAAAAAAUAAAUUACUUUAUUUCCUUCAUAA